AUGUGGAUCACACACCCUAAGUACAAGGAAACCGUCAGACAGAACUGGAAUUACGAGGAGAGUCUGGACAAUACUCUUAUAGCCCUGUCUAGCAAUCUCUCUAGGUGGAACAAGGAAGGUUUUGGCCAUGUUGAAAGAAUGAAGAUAAGACUUAUUAAUCGAAUUAGAGGCAUACAGAAGGCUCAGGCAAAUGGUAAGAACCCUUUUCUUAAAAGGUUAGAACUUCAACUUCAUAAAGAGCUGGCAGAUAUCCUUGAUAGAGAAGAAAUUUUGUGGCUGCAAAAGUCCCGGGAGAAGUGGAUUAUUGAUGGAGACCGUAACACCCGCUACUAUCAUACAAGAACCAUUAUUCGUAGGAGGAAGAACAAGAUCCUUAAGCUGCGGAAUCAUGAAGGGACUUGGGUGGAAGACCAAGAGGAGUUGGCAAACCUAGCCAUUAAUUUUUUCACACGGUUGUACCAAGAACAAGGUGAUACAAUACAACUCCAAUCAUCCAAAUCCUACCCAAAGAUUCAAGAGGAUGUAAAACGGAAUAUGGAUGUGAUGCCCACUGGGAAAGAGAUUAAAGAUGCUUUUUUCAGGAUUGGGUCCCUCAAAGCACCCGGGUUGGACAUCCCCGUUCCCCGCAUUCUCCGCGUUCCCCGCGAGACCCCAUUCCGCAUCUCCCUAUGUUUAACAUUCAUAUGA